GAACGUCCGCCAUGUUGAAGUGACGUCAUAAGCGAGAGUCGCGCGCGUGCACACACACAGGGCUUUGAGAAUGGCAAGCAAUGAAAACACACCGACUUCAGACGACGAGUCUGUUCAAAAGGAACAACACAGUUAUGAUAAAAAGUGUAUUUUUUGUAAGAUUGUAAACAAGGAGACGGACACUGAGCUUCUAUACAGCGAUGAAGAGACAACAUGUUUCAGAGAUAUAAAACCGGGGGCUCCUCAUCACUAUCUUGUUGUGCCCACAAGACACAUAGGGAAUUGCAAAUCACUUAACAAAGAACACAUUCCAAUUGUGGAAAAAUUGAUAGAAACAGGAAAAGCAAUUCUUCAGAAGAAUGAAUUCACUGAUUUAAAUGAUGUCAGGUUUGGUUUCCACUGGCCUCCUUUCCAUUCUGUUGCACAUCUACAUCUUCACGUUUUGGCACCUGCCAGUCAAAUGGGCUUCAUUUCUCGCUUCAUCUACCGCCUAGACUCCUACUGGUUCAUCACAGCUGACCAGUUGCUCAAAAGACUGGACUCAAUGGACUGAAGGAAACGUCAUGCUGCCAUUUACAUAUGUUUAAGGAAAAGUGGUGAAGCUGAAGUGCCCGUAGAUUAUUUUAGUCAUUACUUCUUGCAUGUUAGCUUCUGCCAAACAAACUGGGCAACUCUGGAGAUGAAGCUUUUCUAUAACAUUUAUUAUUUACUUUAAAAUGGACAGUUUUAUUUUAACUGGUGAAUUCCUGAAAAAAUGCAUCUUCCUUUUACUUCAUAGACCCUGGCAAAUGCAUUUUUAAGUAAUAUUGAUGCCUGCCUGAAUAACCAAAUAAAACUUUAUCUAUUGCUGAGAACAUGAACAUGUCUAUGUACAGCAUAGUUGUAUAGCAUGCUAUAACUUGAAAUAGCAUGUAAUCAUGUUAUUGGGUAUUUUUAAGGUUAAUGCAUUCCAAUAAAAUAAACUUUAGCUAAUUACAAUUAUCUUUCCACACCACUAAUAAAUGUAUGAAGAAUCCACAUAACAGAGAAUAAAGGGCGUGUGUGUGUGUGUGUAUAUGAAAGAACUGCUGAUACAAUGGACAUGUUUAGUCCUGAACUCUGAAUACCUGUGUUGUGCAAGGAUGUAAACUAUAUUACUGUAUGUAUACAAAGUUUUAUUGUACAUUUUAAUUUGAUUGAAUUUGUUUGUGUAUUUAUGGAGAUUAACAACCAAGUGUGUCUGAUUUUGCAACCAGUUUUUCAGAAUUUUAGUUUUGAAGAAUUCUUGUAUUAAUACAAUUUUUAUUAAUUUACUAUUAAAUGUUAUUAUUUACUCUUCA